AUGGCCGAACACGCGGCAGCGGUGCGCAGAAAUGACGCCAGCUCUCAAGUUGCGGCUCAUUCGGCGAGACCCGGCCACACAUUUAAAUUCGAUGAGGCCGAAAUUCUCGCAAGAGGUGACAACCGAGUGAGCCGAGAGCUACUGGAAUCAUGGUUUACUGGCCCCCAGUCCAUCAACAAGUGCAACGAUCUUCCCAUUCAAUACAGCGUGCUGAGACUUCGUCUAGGCGGAGUAAUUGGCCACGCGGGGAGCGCACUGGUGAACACUCUUCCCAACACCCGGGUCAACGCAUCAGAUGGUCGAGCAAUCAUCACGCCAACAUCCAACGCACGUGAUGAAAUUGCGGCAAUUAUCGACUCGAGUGUCGGCCAUCAAGCAAUGAUCACCCCAAGUGUGACAAUCCCGGAUGAAGGGGGAAGCCGUGAACGUUCAUAGGCAUGCGGUAGAAUGGCUGCUGCAUCCUAUAAAUACCGCAGCCCCUUGUACAACAACCACUCGUUUCUGCUCUUUUGUCUCUGAUGAUGGAUUCGAGUAGGAAUCCGAAACGUCAGGCUAAUAAAGCUCUUGUCCCGGCGAUCGUGUCUCCUUCUUCAAGACUACUUCCUGGGACUCGGCUCUUCGCUUCUAUUGGCUCAUUAUAAACGCCGAACACGGAAUUUUGUCUCCCUUACCUACGGUAUUAAGCUUCAAAACCCACUAUGUUUGAUGGUGACAACCGUCUUCAUAUUUCUUGAUCACUUAACAGUCUUCGUCCCCUGAGACAGUGAAGGGAAUAUCUCCGAAGCGAUACAUUUGUUGUUCCCGCGUGUUUUGCCAGACCGCAAGCUUUUCAUCGGCUUUAUGCAUCGAACACGUGAUCGAUGCCGAAAUCUCCAGUCAGUUGGCGGGCGGUUUUCAAUCACUUCUCCUGUCUGUUGAUCCAUAGUUGAUUUACGCACACUCCAAAUAGUCAAUGAGGUUGACAUUUAAAACUGGUUUAUUUUAUGAACUGCUGGUGUUCCCCUGUUUUAAUGUGUAAUUGUUUUGCAAAACCGUAACGUGCUGUUCUCAUCCAAUUUAAGCCAGCACUUAGUUGAGGAUCAGUAAUACGUGGUGUUGAAGAGAGGAGUAAACUUAACACCCUGAAAACAGUUUCGUGUUUCCAAAGAUUUCGGCUUUGCGAUCGUCCACAAAGUCGCUCAUAUCAGGCGACAAAAGAUUUUCUGGCACAACGAGUUUCACCCCCAUUUUCAAGCUGUGCAAAAUAUCAGCCAAUCAGCAUUUUUCCACUCUACACCGAAUCGUUAACUGACCUCAUCUUCUUCGCGUAUCAUCGAAAAAGCUGCAUUUGCGGAAUAAGCAUGUAAAUGUGAGGCGAUGAAAUUUCUUCACAAGAGGUGUCACUGCGCAAGUUAAUAGCUGGCGAAUUAGGAGGAUAUACGCAGUUUGGUAAUUUCCGAUGAUCUUCGUAAAAGCACAAACUCCUUUCUUUGCAAUGGGUGCGAUCUCGCAUACGCUCUGUAUCGUAGCGAAUUCCGCCCUAACGGAUUACCCGUGUUGCCGGAGGAAGGCUAAGCUAUGCAAUGCAUACUUAUGCGCUGCCUGCUUUCCGCGCGUUGGCCGCUUACAGCGUGCGCUAUUUAGCGAAUAGCCAAUCAGAGUGCAAGUGGGUAAGCUAGAAGGUUGUCGCUAAUGGUCGACGUGACCAUCUGCGUCUACUUAGCUACAGUUAGUGACUUAACUCAUGAAAUGUGUCGAAAUUUACGAAUGAUUGCCAGUCACUCGCAAAUCGACACCAUCUCAUGAGUCCAAUGUCUAGUUUAAUUAAGUACAUGAUUAAAAGAAAUAAAAACAUAAAAAGAAAUAUUAAAGGCCGUGUUGCAUUGUUUAGAAAUGCCGAUUUAUAUUGAAAAGCGCAAUAUCCUGAGAACGUCAGAAAUGGCUGUAACUAAGGAAAGUUCGUUUCUAGAUGUAUAGAAUGUAUUCCCAUACCAAAAACGUAGUAAAUAUGAAUGUAGACAUAAAAACACGUCUGAUAACAGUGUUUUAGUGAAGUUCACAUCUAAAUAUCAUUUAUUAAGUAGUGCGAUUUCAUAUAUGACGGUUUGUCAGCUGCCAACAUUUUGGGUGUAGAUUCCAAAACAGUUUUCCACUGAUUCCUGUUUUUUAUUUGUUUGAAGUAAAUUAGAUGGGAUUCAACAAGAAAAGCUGGAUUUGGCUUGGUUUCAACCGAUGAGGACGUCGUAGGAACAAAAGUUUUCAUAAGGCGACAUGUAGUGUUUGGAUUAUAGUACCGCUCAUCGGAUCCCCUACCUACAAUUUAGUCAAGUGGCUGUACAAGCAUCUGAAGCCGCUAACUCACGGAUCUCGCUACAGUAUUAACAGCUCCCACGAAUUCCUCAACCGGAUUGACGGCCUCAAUGUAAGCACUGAUGAAUGCUUCUUGUCUUUUGACGUCGUUGCCUUAUUUUCUUCUAUACCGCACGACUUGGCAAUUGACUGCGUAGCCCAACGACUACAGGACAAUCCUGUUGGUAUCCCAGCGCACCACGUUAUAGAACUGCUCCAACUGUGCCUUAAGAACUAUUGUAAGUUCGACAAUAAGUACUACCAACAGGUGAAGGGAAGUCCAAUGGGCUCCCCAAUAUCCGGUCUAUUCGCCGAACUAGUGCUACAGCGACUAGAACAUGAGGUUUUUCAAACUCUCAACCCCAAAAUGUGGCUCCGCUAUGUAGACGACACCUUUGUCGUAAUAAAGAACCGCGACGUCGAAAGGCUACAUCAGAGGCUGAAUGAAGUCUUUCCGGCCAUACAAUUUACCCGCGAAGAGGCAGUAGGAGACAGUCUGUCGUUUCUGGACGUGAAAAUACAAAGGCUGGAUGACGGUAACCUCGCAACCAGCGUCCAUAGAAAAGGGUCUGAUUCUGAGAUCAUCCUCAAUUAUGGAAGCAAUCGCCCUGCGGCUCACAAAAGAAGCUGCGUCCGAACCCUCUUCCACCGGGCCUACCGGUAUUGCAGCAAUGAAGAUCGGCUGAAGAAAGAACUAGGCUUUCUAUAUCGGCUAUUUCGAUCUAACGGAUACCCAGUCAGUUUCGUGAAGAACUGCCUCAGACGUCAGGCACAACCUCGAGACCCCUCCUUAGAUGGAGAAACCGUGACGCGGAAAUUCUUCUCCCUGCCCUAUAUGCAGGGGACCUCAGAAAUGAUCGCCCGUCAGUUAAGUCAGUUCGGUAUUCGCGUUUCCCACAAGCCUGCAUCCUCGCUGCGCACAGUCUUAACUCGAGUAAAGGAUUCCAUCCCCAAAGAGGAACAGACUAACGUCAUUUAUCGCAUCCCGAGUGCCAAUUGUCCCUGCGUAUAUGUUGGUCAUACAGGACGACGCCUGGGAACUCGUAUUAAUGAACACAAACUAGCUGUCCGUCGCCGUGAUCCACUGUCCCUCGUCUUUGCACACGCACUUCAGUGCGACCACCGUUUUAAUUGGGAUAACACCGAGGUCAUCGCCACGGCCAACACAAAACGGGCGAGAGAAUUCCUACAGGCAUGGCACUCUAACGCGGAUAGCAUCAACCGCCAUGUUGACCUAGACGUCCAUUAUGAGGGCCUAAGAUCACGCCUCACUAAGCCGAGCCCCACGCCGCAUCAGCAGCCGCUAAUCCAGGCGCCCGCAGUUCUGCCAACCUACCAUUCUCCCUCCCCUCCAACACGGGAGCCGUAACGGUCCCCCCCCUUCCUACCCUCCCGGCUCAGAACCCAGCAUGACUCCCUACCCGCAUCCCUCCUCACACGCUAAUGGUUCGUCCGCCAAUGUUUGCCCUGUCUAGUCUAUUAGUCUAGUGUGACUGUCUCACUCUCUCUUUUCUCUUCAUUUCGUCUGACGACGGGUUGGUGUCACCAAUUCGAAAAUUCACGAGUACAACUUGAUUUUUUCCGAAGAACCUCUUCCUUUUUCAGUGUUUCAUAUGUUUAAAACUGGAAAUGACCAUUCCGUGGUGGCAGUCUAUGUGACAUCAGGUAGAAGUUUCCAAAUAGCAAAAGACUUUCAAGCCACUUAAACGAAGGAAUCCCUAUCUGCGUUAUUACUGCAUUUUAGGACACCAAAUCACACAAAACUGCAAAUUUGACACUUAGGAAUUGAUAAACCAAUGGUUUUCUUAAAAUAACCUUUUUGUUAGCAGGUUGAUUACCAGGGUUAACAUCGGACAUAAAAUAAUUUUUCUAGUCCAGCUAGAUCUGUUUAUUGAAACUCUCGCGGUUAAAUUACUAUCUUUUCACUGAAAAAGUCGCUUAGAUGCGUAACCGGAAUAUAGGACAUGAAUUAGCAUAGGAAAUUGCACGAAUAUAUUCCAACGUCCAUUUUCGCUAAAAUCGACUGAUAGUUUACAUGAUAAAAUUACAUAAACACAAUUGCUACACAAGAAAAGGACAUUUUAUUAAAGGAAGUGGAUGAGCGAAUAAAAUGCUCAACGUUAAAGACGUCCAGAAAUUCUCCCAUCAGUUUCCGUUAUCAGAUUUCAUGAGAUAGGUCACAUACUGCAUUUUUUGACAGUACUGUGUUAGAAGGAUUAGAGAUGAUUCCGGGAUGUAGGGGUGUCCAGCAGUGGGUUCAUGUGAUGGUCGUAGUAGGUCGCUCGCUUGCUUGCAGGAUCAGACUACGCCUAGUGUCCAUUUGAUGACACCCAACUCUUACUUGUGGCUCCCCAAAGCUGGGCUCUGCCCAGCGGCCAGACCCCGGUAACCGUCUCGACAAGCGGGCUAAACCAGGUAAGGGUGUCCGUGUAGGGAAUCUGCGCGCACGGUACUGUGAAUUUCGCUGACCGGAUGAAUCUUCGCGUCGGCAUCGUUGAGACGAGGCUCCGUCUGAACCACCGCAGGAGGCCACAAGGUGAGUGAAUCCUCAGGUAAGUGAAGUUUGCUCUGUUUCUUUACUUGUCUGUUAGUGUUGCAUGCUGUAUGCAGCUCUUGUUGGCUGCUUCGUGUCUGUUUGUUUGUGUUGCUCUUUACUACUAGCAAGCUGUUAUUGUGCUGAACUUUGUAUGUUGCCCUACUUAUUGCUGUACCUGCCUGAUGGCUGUCUGCUUGUCCAUCCUAACUGUAAGUCCUAUGGCGUUCUGUUGGUUGUAUCUUCCCUCCUACUCAGUUCUCCCCUCCCCCAAGGUCCCAGGCUAAUUCGGGUCCAUCUCUCACUAGAGUAAAGUCAUGGCCCAUAGUGGAGUUCGGCAGCCGGCCGGUAUAACCGAGCAGCCCUAUUUAGGGGUGCGCUGUUAACCCCACGAGGGGGAAGGGGCUAGAAAAGAUGCCCUAAAAUUGCCAGGAACUACUCUGUCUAUAGGCUGCCCGUGUCCGCAGAAGCUAAACUCACUGUCGAAACAACCAAAAUCGAAGCAACACCCAUCUCUCUCUUCCUCUUACGGCCUAUUCUCUCUCUUCUCCUCAACGUCCCUGUCACCCUAAUCGCCAGACUGGUAAGGUGAGUCCGAUCACUUUGGCAGCCUGGAAUGUUCGUUCUCUUUUAGACAAUCCGAGGAGCAAUCGGCCGGAAUGAAACGGUAGUAGUGUCUCGGGAACUGGCGCGCUACAAGGUGAACAUCGCCGCACUCAGCGAGACCUUGUUCUCCGAACAAGGCCAACUUGAGGAGGUGGGUGCCGGCUACACCUUCUAGAGCGGUCGCCCCAGGGCAGAGCGACGAGACGCGGGUGUCGUCCUCGCCAUCCGGAACGACAUCGUGGGACGACUGCCCUGUCUACCGCAGGGCAUCAACGAUCGUCUUAUGAGCCUCCGCCUGCCUCUCUGGGGAGGCAAAUUCGCCACCAUCAUCAGUGCCUACGCUCCGCCGAUGACCAGCUCUGACGCCGCAAGAGACAAAUUCUAUGAGGACCUGCAAGCCGUCUUGGCGACUGUGUCGAAGGCGAACAAGUUGAUUGUCCUUGGUGACUUCAACGCCCGCAUCGGCACAGACCAUACUGUCUGGAGAGGAGUGCUGGGUUCCCCUGGUCUCAACGGCUCCAGAGAUAAUGGUCUGCUCCUUCUUCGCACCUGCACGGAACACCGACUCGUCCUGACCAACGCCUUCUUCUGCCUGUCGGAGCGAGAGAAGGCCAUCUGGAGGCAUCCUCGGUCGCGUCAGUGGCACCUGCUGCACUAUGUCUUCGUCCGAAGGCGAGAGCAGCGGGAGGUGCUGGUGACAAAAGCGAUUCCGUGUGCUGACGGGUGGACCGACCAUCGCCUCGUCAUCUCCAAGAUGCGGAUUCGUCUACAGCCUUGCAGGAGACCACCAGAUAAGCGACCCUCAUACAAACUGAAUAUUGUCUUGUUGUCUUUGCCCGCUCACCAUCUCCAUUUCAGCAACGAGCUAGGUCAGUGGCUAGACAAACUUCCGGUCGCUGCCGCUGCCGCUGGCAAGAACGCCUCCAUAGAGAACCGGUGGUGUGAGCUGCGGGACGCAGUUCAGUCGACGACGCUGCCCGUCCUUGGUCGAGCACGCCGCCAACACCAGGGCUGGUUUGAUGGCAACGACGUCGCAAUCAGCAACCUGCUCGCCAAGAACCGCCUGCAUAAAACCUAUGUAGACCACCCCACCGACGACAACAGAACCGCAUCGUUCAACAGCGACUGCGCGAAUGCAGGACGCCUGGAUGGCUCGCAAGGCUGAUGAGAUCCAAGGGUACGCGGACCGUAACGAAUGGAAGAACUUUUUCACCGCGAUCAAAGCUGCCUACGGUCCGCCAACCAAAGGCACUGUUCCUCUCCUCAGCGCCGACGGCAGUACCCUCCUCACCGAGAAGAAACAAAUACUACAGCGAUGGGCCGUGCACUUCCGAGGUGUCCUCAAUCGCCCCUUCACCAUCUCCGACGCCGCCAUCAUCCGUCUGCCUCAAGUGGAGACCAACGUGGACCUCAACCUCCCGCCCUCUCUCCAUGAAACAAGCAGGGCCGUGCAGCAGCUCUGCAGCGGGAAAGCGCCCGGAUCGGACGCGAUUCCUGCUGAGGUCUACAAGCACGGUGGCCCCCAACUCAUGGAUCACCCGACUGCCCUCUUCCAGGAUAUAUGGCGUCAAAGAGAAGUCCUGCAGGAUUUCAAGGACAUCACGGUCGUGCAUCUAUACAAGCGGAAAGGAAACCGGCAGCUCUGCGACAAUCACUGA